AAGCCCCCCAUCCAGUGCUGUACAAAGAGAGCCACAGAAUAUUCUAAUUCCUGUCCACAACCCCAGAGCCUGUUUUCAGGCUGCCUGAUUGGCUUAAUGAUGGCAAACACAAACCGGAAUCCGAUGAUGGAGAAGAUCCUGGAUCUGACCUUGGAGGUCAACUACCUGCUGACUGGAGAGGAUUACAUCGUUAUGAAGAGAUCUGGUGAGUCCAUAAUACAGGGCAGAAUCCCUCGUGCAUCCGAUGGAUCCAGCAGGACCCACAGCCCCAGCACGGUGCCUCCACCUCACUCACUGAUACAUGAGAGAAACAAUGAGCAGAAAAUCAUGAAACUGACCAAUCAGAUCAUCCUCCUGUUGACUGGAGAGGUGUGGAAGUAUUUUGGAGGACACAAGGAACCUUACAAUGACUUAAUGAUGGACACUCACCAGCCUCCACCAGGAUUUCUGUAG